AUGACAAUGGCAUCCCAAGAAAUGUCUCAAGUACACCUAUUCUUAAUGAUCGUGAGUGCUGAGUCGUCGCUUGGUGACGGUGGUCGACAGCGUGGAGAAUGCUCUGCAGUGGAACUCCUCAUUCCACCUGUGAUAAAACCAAGGGCAGACGCCCCACCUGAUACCUGUCCUCUAGGAUCGGCCUCGUCUUCGUCGAUAGUGCUGGGGCGAAGCUCUCCUUGUUUGUACUGGGCCCUCAGAAAUAGGCUUACAUGUUCUAGGCGGCUUUUAGAGUUCACAACGAUUUCUAGUAGUGCAGUUCCCGAAAAGGUGCACUCGUCCGUCAAUUAUGCCGUUCGCGUCGAAAACCUUUCGAAAAGAAAUUUUUCAGUAAAAUUGCGCCGUCAAGACUGCGAAGGUGGGGACUCAGAAGUAGGAAUGGGAAUGAAUCAGCAUGGCGAUGCCAGCUCCGUGACUACCGAUCUGAGUAUCGGCACAUACUUAAGAUUAGGUGAUUUUUUAGUGAUUGCAGACACGGUGGAGGUACACUUAGGUGCUGUAAAAGUGAUCACACGGGCACGAGAGGCCAUCAAAGAUGCGAAUGACUCUCCUUUAUGGUUAUUUAAUCCAGUUAAAAGCAAUGACGGCGUAUCACCCACGCCGCAGCCACACCUUUACCCAAUCGAGGAAUGCGUACUUACAAGGGCGUUAUCCUGGGCUAAACUCCCGCGAGGUGCGCGAAUGGAGAUUAUGCGAACUGCUUGGUGGAUGAGAAAAUCAAGUCUAGGAGUGACUUGGGCGUGCUCAAAGAGAAAAGCGAUCGUGGACGCAGAGAUUCAGCAUCACCAAGACGAGUUUCUCGUACGAGCUUCAAACUUCUCGAGUGAAAACUGCACCACAGGGGACGAUGAUGGCUUUUCCGAUGUCGACGCCGCCACACCGACCAACUCAAAGGUCAAUUCGCAGCUCGUCUUGAAAGGUGCCGCUGGGGGCGCAACCGUGGUUGGCAUGGCUACGACAGUCCCGCCACGUAUCCCCACGAGAGAACCGAAGCAGUCCGCCAACGUAGGCGAUCCCAUCGAGGGCACCCCCCACGAGGGGUUCUACGGUGCCGGGCCCGCGUGUUCUGCCGCCACGUCGGGGUCCCCUACCCAGGACGAGCCCAGCGGCCACCGGCGUGGCCACGUGGUCUGCCACCCCAGUCCGAGCCCCUCUCACGGUGUCGACCUCAACCCCCCCCCUCCCCCGGUCCACUCCUACGGGGAGACCUACGACGAGAAGCUGGACGACGCCCUGGCGGCGCUGGAGGACCGCUCCGCGGUGCUUGGCCGGAGUCACCGGCUCUUCCCGAUCCGUCCGGUGGCCCACCUCGGCCCCCUCGUCCUGGGCGAGGCUGAAGGGGAGGGUGAGACGGCGGGCCGGGCUGGGACGGCGACUCAAGGAGAGGGCGAGGCUAGGGGUGGCCCUACCCACCGCGAGGCUGUCACAGCCGGCCCUGUGACAACGCCGUCGCCGCCGCUCUCCGGGAAGAGGGGGCGGGCCACGUCAGGAGGGGGAUCCUCCCGCAGGCGGCGGGGGACAGCGAAGCGAGGGCGCACCGGGACCACCCCGCGCGCGACGACUGCCACCCCGCCUCCCCCUCUCCCACCGUACGCGAAUGGGUUUGAGGGGUACGACCGAGUGGGGGGGGCCCAUCGGGGCUUCCCCCGUCCACCCGCGGUGCGCGCCGGCGCCCCUCCAAACGCUGAUGAAUCUCAAGAAGUCUUUUUUCGACACUCCUGA